AUGGGCAAGCUUGUGACAGUAGCGACUUGCUCCCUCAACCAAUGGGCGCUUGAUUUUGACGGCAAUGCGGAGCGCAUAAUCACAAGUAUCAAGCAAGCCAAGGCAGCGGGAGCUCGGCUGAGAGUCGGGCCUGAGCUGGAGGUUUGCGGAUAUGGAGUACGUGGUCCUGGCAUUCUGCUCCAGUCCUGUUUGAGCGUUGUGCAGAUCACUAGUGAGCUCUUUCGACCAAGGUCUACUCAGUCAAUCACUAACCAUGCCAGCUUGGAGGGUGACCUCUUUCUGCACUGCUGGGAAUCUCUGGCAACCAUCAUCACCCACCCAGAUGUUAGCGACUGUAUCCUCGACAUCGGCAUGCCUGUGCGCCACAAUUCAGUCCGCUACAACUGUCGCGUUAUUGUCUUGAACAAGAAGAUCCUCCUCAUCCGUCCCAAAAUGGCCAUGUGCGAGGAAGGCAACUACUUUGAGUCUCGGUGGUUCACUCCGUGGACACGGAAACGAGAAGUCGAAGACUACCCCCUCGAAGACGCAAUUAGCAGCGUCACAGGCCAGCGAACUGCACCGUUUGGAGACGGCGUCCUCCAGACCAUUGACACGCUGGUCGGCGCAGAAACGUGUGAAGAGCUGUUCACUCCAAAUGCUCCUCAUAUCCAUAUGGGAUUGAAUGGCGCUCUUGUUGCUUACAAGUCAUCAGUCGAGAUCUUUGUGAAUUCCAGUGGCUCGCACUACGAAUUGAGAAAGCUGCAAACCCGUGUUUCUCUCAUUCGAGAGGCCACGAGACAGAACGGUGGUAUUUACGUGUAUUCCAAUCAACGAGGCUGCUCGGGAGACAGAUUGUACUAUGAUGGCUGCGCCAUGAUCUUCGUGAACGGCAGACUGUUGGCUCAAGGGAGCCAGUUCAGCUUGAACGACGUUGAGACUAUCACCGCAAAUGUCGAUCUCGAAGAUGUGCGGUCAUUCCGUGUCUCUCACUCGCGAGGUCUCCAGGGCGCCGAGGCCCUCCCAUAUCCUCGUAUACCAGUCGAUCUCCGCUUGACGCACCCAGGCCUCGAACAGACUGGCAAAUUCCUCGCCCCCUCUCCGGAUAUCCCAAUUCGCUAUCAUUCUGCCGCUGAGGAAAUUGAAUUAACGGCGGGUUUCUUCCUGCCUUUGUCUGGUGGGAUCGAUUCUGCGUCUACGGCUGUCCUUGUAUUUUCAAUGUGUCGGCUGCUGUAUGACGCUGUCACAUCCGAACAAACCCUACCGCACACAAAGGAGCUCGUUUUGGAUGACCUCCGACGAGUCUGUGCACAAUCCAACGACUGGAUCCCAUCGAGUCCACAGGAAAUCUGCAGUCACAUUUUUCACUCUACCUAUAUGGGAUCGAAGAACAGUAGCAAGGAGACCCGGUCUCGAGCAGCGGCACUUGCGAAAGCCAUUGGAUCCUAUCACAUUGACCUCAACAUUGAUGGUGUUGUGUCUGCUCUUACCACAUUAUUCACUACUGUCACCGGAUUUACCCCGAGCUUUACUUCCAGUAAUCCGUCCGAAGGGCUUGCUCUACAUGCCCAACUCUUACCGAGUGUCCGAAAGCGCAAAGGAGGCGGUGGUCUUCUCGUUCUCGGCUCCGCCAAUGUUGACGAGCAGCUCCGUGGGUACCUGACAAAGUACGAUGCGAGUAGCGCGGAUAUAAACCCAAUCGGCGGCAUAUCUAAGGUCGAUCUUCGAAUGUUCCUCGCUCAUGCCCGGGACAAUCUCGACCUCCCUCUUUUACAAGGCUUCCUCGACGCCACCCCAACCGCCGAGCUGAUCCCGACGACCAAUGCCGAUGCCCACACUCAGUCCGACGAGGAGGAAAUGGGCAUGACAUACGCCGAGCUCAGUGUGCUCGGCCGUCUGCGCAAGGUUGGCCGUCUCGGCCCAUGGGGCGUCUUUGAAAAGCUCCUCCCUAUCUGGACAUCUCCCCCACCAGACUCAGAGGCGAUCGCCACAGAAGCUCGCGGCGCACAUACAGAUCCCCAGUAUGUACACAGUGUGGCGCAUGGUGAGAGCAUGACGCCGCGUGCCGUGUAUGAGAAAGUGCGGAAGUUCUUUUAUUACUAUGCAAUCAACAGACAUAAGCAGACCACCCUCACUCCAGGAUUGCACAUGGAACAAUAUUCGCCGGAUGAUCAUCGAUAUGAUAUGAGACCCUUCUUAUACCCCAGCUUCACAGCGCAGUACCGCAAGAUGGAGCACGCAGUCAAGAUCCAUGGUCCCUUAGGGUCUGUCGAGAAAGCCACCCCUGGAAACUCGCCCAGAAAGUUCGAUUUCGACAAAGUCAACAUCGAAAUCCUUGUGACCUUGUUUCCAGAAACUGACCUUCAACUACGAAGAGAACUUGCAGUGAUGGGGUCCAUCAGCGAAGAUGUCCACGCGAAUGGCACCGCUACGCCUUCGCCCUUUAUCAACAACCUCGACAUUGACGUCGUGGUCGUCGGAGGCGGAUUCGGGGGCAUGUACGCCGUCUACAAGCUCCGCCAGCUCGGGCUGAGCGUGAAGCUGUUCGAAGCGGGAUCCGACUUUGGCGGAACCUGGUUUUGGAACCGGUACCCUGGCGCUCGCGUCGACUCCGAGUCGCCGUACUAUGGCCUAUCGAUCCCCGAGCUCUGGCGGACGUGGGACUGGAGCGAGCGGUUCCCCGACCACAACGAGAUCCGCCGGUACUUUGCACACGUCGACAAGGUCCUGGACCUGAGCAAGGACGCCUUCUUCAACACCAUCAUCACCGAGGCGACCUGGGACGGGGGCCGCUGGACGACCAAGACCCAAGACGGUGCGGUCAUCACGUCAAAAUAUUUCGUCGCCGCGACGGGGUCCACGUACAAGCAGUACUACCCCGAUUUCAAGAACCUGCGAGACUACAAGGGCAUCCUGAUCCACUCCGGGUCCUUUCCGAGCCAUCGAGUCGACUACUCGGGCAAGAAAGUGGCCGUGAUCGGCAACGGGGCCACGGGGGUACAAAUCGUCCAGGAGACGGCCAAGGAAGACUGCCAGCUCACCGUCUUCAUCCGGACGCCCAACAUCGCCUUCCCGAUGCGCCAGCGCAAGUUGCCCGUGGAGGAGCAGGAGAGCGCAAAGGUCUUUUACGCCGCGUACUACCAGGCCGCGAAGCUGUCGAGGGGCGGCAUCCCUUACAACCCGGCGACCACGUCCAUCUGGGGCGUGUCCCCCGAAGAGCGCGAGGCCUACUUCGAGGAACUGUGGCGGCGGGGCGGUUUCUCCUUCUCGUCGUCCAACUACCGCGACCUGAUCGUCGACAAACGCGCCAACGCGCUCGUCUACGAGUUCUGGCUGAAAAAGGUGCGCGAGCGCGUCACGGACCCGCACAAGGCCGCCGUCGUCGCGCCCCUCCAACAGCCGCAUUUCUUCGGCACGAAGAGACCCAGCCUCGAGCAGGACUACUACGAGAUGAUUGACCGGCCGAACGUCACGGUCGUCGACCUGAAGACGCACCCGAUCGUAGAAUUUCGGGAGACGGGGAUCCUGACGACGGAGAAGCUGCACGAGUUCGACAUCGUCAUCCUCGCCACGGGCUUCGACUCGGUCACGGGCAGUCUCACGACCAUGGGCCUGACGGACAAGGCGGGCGUGCCGCUCUCGACGAAGUGGAAGGACGGCGUGUACACGCACCUGGGCCUCACGAUCUGCGGGAUGCCGAACCUGUUCAUGGUGUACAGCCCGCAGGCGCCGACGUCGCUGUCGAACGGGCCCCCGAUCAUCGAGAUCCAAGUCGACUGGAUCGCCGACGCCGUGGCCAAGAUGCGCGCCGAGAACGUCGUCUCGAUCGAAGCCCGGCCCGCCGCGGCGCAGAGGUGGCACGACGACAUCCAGCGCGCCAACAGCCGCACCCUCUUCCCCUACACCGACAGCUGGUACAUGGGCGCCAACAUCCCCGGGAAGCCGCGCGAGCAGCUCCUCUACCUCGACGGCGUCGCCCGGUACGCCGAGGUGUGCAAGGCCGCGCUGGAGACGUGGGACGGAUUCGACGUGGUUGUUGGGACUUCUGAAAAGAUUGACGGAAGUGGUGGUGCCGAGCAGGUCCCGCCUCGUCUGUAG